AUGUUCGCGUGCGCGACGGGCGUGGCGUACGGGGUGGGCGGAGCGCUGCUAGCUCUAGCUGCGCAGCGGCUGCAGUACUGGCGGCAGCUGCUGCGAGCGCUACACGCGCCCGCACUACUGCUGCCGCUCUACUGCCUGCUGCUGGACGACAGUGUACGCUGGCUCCACGCAACCGCCAGACAAGACGAAGCGGUCGUAGUGCUACGUAAGGCCGCGAGGUGGAAUAGGGUAACCCUAAAUGAGGAAAUAUUAAAAGCAAUUGGAGCAAGCACAAAUAAACCAGAAGAAAAAAAGAGGGUGUCUUGGCUGACGCUGAUGAGGAACCGGGCGCUGCUGAUAAGGCUGGUGGCGUGCGGCUGGUGCUGGGCCGCAGCUGCCUUUGUAUACUACGGGCUCACUAUCAACGCGGUCGCGCUCUCCGGGGACAAGUACAUCAACUUCGCGCUUAACAUGGCCAUGGAGAUCGUCGCAUCGUUGCUCAUCAUGAUGGCGCUCGAGCGGUUCGGAAGAAAGAAGAGCAUACUCGUCUCGUUUUUGGUCUGCGGCGUUGCCUGCAUUGCGCCGUUUUUUACAUCGCACGCGGGCACGAGUCUGGGGCUGUACUUCGCGGGCAAGCUGGGUGCGACGAGUGCGUUCAACUCGCUGUACGUGUACAGCUCGGAGCUGUUCCCGACGGGCGUGCGGGCGCGCGCGCUGUCCGCUGUCUCGCUGCUGGGCCGCGUCGGCUCCGUGCUAGCGCCGCAGACGCCGCUGCUGAGCCGCAGCGCACAGACGCUGCUGUACGGCGGCAGCGCGCUGUCCGCGGCCCUGGCGCUGCUGCUGCUGCCGGAGACGCGCCGCGAGCCGCUGCCGCACUGA